GCACUUAACAUUUCAUCGACGCGACAAAGCGCAACCCAAUAGCAACCCCCACAUUCCGCAUCAAUUAUUAUAUUUCUUACUUUCCUCUUCUUUAAUUAGCUCUUGCAUUUUCCCCAAUUGAGUUUCUCUACCAUCUCAAACAUCAAAUCAAGAACCCAUUCCAGCCAUCAAUAUGGGUCGCACCAAGAACCUUAAGCGAUCGCGUCGCGAUGAGGACGAAGACGAGGACGUAUCAAGCGAUCAGGAAGUCAAGUCAAGCAGCAAGUCCAAGUCCAAGUCCAAGGCCACGUCCACCAAGAAGGCCAAGACCUCUGAUUCCGGCAAAGACGAUGAAGGCAACCCCUUCUGGAGUCUGGGCGGCACUCGCAGAGCCACCGUCAGCAGUUUCAAGGGCAAGACAUUCGUCAACAUCCGCGAGUACUACACAGAUGCCUCUGGUGAUCUCAAGCCAGGAAAGAAGGGUAUCAUGUUGAGCCCCGAGCAAUACAUCAAGCUGCUCGAGGCCAUUCCUUCCAUCAAUGCCGAGCUACGAGACAAGGGACACGCCACGCCUGAUCUCUCAGGAGCGCCCGCAAACGCCCCCGACUCACCAGCGAAGGCCAAGAACGAGAAGAAGGCCAAGCCCCAGAGUAAGAAGACCAAGGCGAAUAUCGAGGCUACCAGCGAUGAGGACGAAGACGAGGAAGAAGAUGAAGAAGAUGAGGACUAAACCUAGUGGGUUUGCAUGCAAUAGCAUACAAUACUCCCACCACUCGUGGUACUAGCUUGCACGUAGGUUGAAGCCCAGCGAGGGACUCCCUACCAUAAUGACUGUAUCUAAUUUCCUUACCGCACGAUAUGAGGGCCAGGCGGUCUAUUGUAGGAUUGUCGAUCAUUUCUAAUUGAUACCCACGCUCUCUUGAGCUUUCUGAAA